GAAAGAGGACAUCACGGAAAAAAGUCGCCUUCGGCAACCCCACGUAGUGAUCUGAACCCUUCUAGCUCCUAUAUAACUGCUACACUGCUGCGAUGCCAGGACUACUAAUACAUUCAAGAAUAACCAGACUUCCCAGCAAGGAUUAGUGGUUGAAGACACGUGUAUUAUACCGUAUGGAAGCAGUAUGCGGGAAAUGGUUGGAGGUUGCUGUGUGUGUUCCGAUGAGCGCGGCUGGGCUGAGAAUCCGCUUGUAUAUUGUGAUGGACACGGGUGCAGCGUUGCCGUGCACCAGGCCUGCUACGGCAUCGUCCAGGUGCCCACCGGCCCGUGGUUCUGCCGCAAGUGUGAAUCCCAGGAGCGGGCAGCGCGAGUGAGAUGUGAGCUGUGUCCACAUAAAGAUGGAGCCCUUAAAAGGACAGACAGUGGAGGCUGGGCCCAUGUGGUGUGUGCUUUGUACAUCCCUGAGGUGCAGUUUGCCAACGUUCUGACCAUGGAGCCCAUUGUCCUGCAAUUUGUGCCCCACGAGAGAUACAUCAAGACGUGUUAUAUCUGUGAGGACCACGGUCGAGAGAGCAAGGCUGCCUGUGGUGCCUGCAUGACCUGCAACCGGCCUGGCUGUAGGCAAGCCUUCCAUGUCACCUGUGCUCAGAUGGCAGGUCUGCUGUGUGAAGAGGAGGGGCCAGAGGCCGACAACGUCAAGUACUGCGGUUACUGCAAACACCAUUACAGCAAGAUGCAAAAGAAGCUGCGGUCUUCGGGGGAGACGGUGAGCAGCUCUUUCAACCACUCCAGAGGACGGUCCAGCUCACCUUCCCAGGACAAACACAGCUCGCACCACCACAGGCCCCGCAAGAGUCACAAAGACAAAUCGAAGCUGAAGGAGCGACACAGGAAGUCGUCUGACUCGGGCGGCAUUCCCAGCUUGGGGCCCUCCCUCUCCACCAGCCUGGACAAGUUGUCUUCCAGCCACCACAGUGGCGGCGGCAGCAAGGAGGGCGACAGCAAGCCCAAGAAGCUGAGCUCCCACAGCGGCAGUGGCCUGCCCCAUCGCUGCAGCAAGAAGAGCAGCAGCGGCCCCGGCAAGAGCUGCUCCUCCUCCUCCUGCUCCUCCAGCCCCUUCAACGCAGGGGGCACGUCAUCGUUGUCGUCCACUCAGGACUUCCUGCAGCUCUCCUCCUCAUCCUGCCGUCUGGAGCGGGAGCGGGAGCCCGAGGAGCCGGCGGCCGAGCCGCGGGAAGAACGCAAGCGCCGGAGCCUCCCGCGGGAGGAAGAGGAGGAGGAAGAGGAGGAAGAGGAGGAGGAGAAAGAGGAAGAGGAGGAAGAAGAACAGGAUGGGGCAAGGGAGAGGGAGAGCAAGUACCUCAAGCCCCCAGCGUUGCAGCCGCCGGCCCUCACGCCCGUCAAUGGGCCGCCCGAGGCCGAGGCCAACACCUUCGAGAACAAGGUCACCAUCUCCACCUACGGCUCCAUCAUGCGCAUCACUUCCUCCUCUGGACUGGGCAGCGGCAGCAAGGUGCGUAAGCUGAGCUCCAAGACCAGCAGCGGCCGCCCACUGCAGUCCACGCCGCCCGUUCUGGAGGAGUCCGUCCCGCCCGAGCGUCCGUCCUCCUCGCCGUCGAUGCCCCGCAGCGAGCGCCGUCACCGCGGCAACAAGAAGAGCCGCCACGGGCCGGGCCGGCCGCGCGGCAGCAAGAACCGCGAGCGUGAGAAACGCGGCGAGGACGAGACGCAGACGCACCAACCUCCGCAUCAACCUCCGCAUCAACCUCCGCAGCAGCAGCAGCACCGUCACCACCACCACCACCACCACCAUCAGCCUGGGCUCCACAGCCAGACACAGCACCAGGCCCAGACUCAGCAUCAGGGCCAGGGCCAGCAUCAGGCCCACCAGGCCCAGCAUCAGGCCCACCAGGCCCAGCAUCAGGUCCAUCAGACCCAGCAUCAGGUCCAUCAGGCCCAGACACCGGCGCUGCAGGGGGGAGCCCUGGCCUUCUCCUCCGCCCCCUACCCCAGCCUGCCCCCAGCAGCUUUCCACGCCACCGCCACCACCAACUCUCUGCUCAGCUCCGGAAUCUACAGCAGUCAUAGGGAUCCCCUGUCUCUGGGUGGGGGUGUGUGCAGCACUCCUCUCUCCACCGGCCUGCUUCCCUCCCACAUCCCCAGCCUCCCUCUCACCCCUGCUAACUCCACCGCCAACACACAGAUGCAUGCGGGCUCUGGCGUUCCCUAUAGCCUCAGUGCCUCUCAGCCUUUCAGCAGCUUCCUGUCCACGGCGCCUACACUUCCUCCACUCCUGAGCCAGGCCCAGAGUACACUGCCAGAGUCGGACCUGGAGGACUGUCGCUUUCCCUGCCAGGACAGCUCACCGCGCGAGAGCCUCUCCUCACACUCUCCCAUGAGUAGUCUGCCGCUGCUGUUUGACCAGAGGGAGGGGGUGGACCAGCAGCGGCCGGAGCCGGCCAGCUCCCACAUCGAGCUGCUGCUGGAGAAGCACGGCAACGGGGAGAUGGGCGUCAACAUCGUGGAGAUGCUCCAGUCCCUGCACUCGCUGCAGCAGGAGAACCAGCGUCUGCAGGACCAGAUCCUGAGCCUGACGGCCAAGAAGGAGCGUCUGCAGCUGCUCAACGUGGAGCUGGCCGUCCCCUUCAUCCCACCGGGCUUCCCGCUGCCCUCCGCCCACCACCAUUCUCAGCUUCCCUUUGUGUGUACCUCCCUCCCUUCAGACCCCCUGAGCUCCAGUAAGAGUCCCCUCACCAAGAGCAGUUUCCUCAGCGACAACUCCUUCAUCGCCUCCUCUGAGGACCUCCACUCAGGCAGCCCCUCUCGCAGUAGCUCCUCCUUCUCCUUCCAGAGCACCCCUCCCCCUCAGCAAAGCCCCGCCUCCUUCAGCCAGCCCCUGCUGAACGGACUGGGCCGGGCUGGCCUGACCGAGAGCCUGUCCAUGGGGCUCGGCGGCGGCGCGAGCGGUCUGAUGGGCGGCCUGGCCGGAGGCCCCCAGCUGGCGGCGGCGGGGGGGGUGAACGGGGUGCUGGGAGGCCUGAACGGCGUGCUGGGCGGCUCGCCGGCCCAGGCCCAGAUGCAGGUGCAGAGCGCCCCCCAGAGCCACCUCCCGGCGCUGCAGCCGCAGCCUCCGCCCCUCACCCAGCAGGCACUGGCCCAGGGCCUGCAGCUGCCCAAGAGCCUCAGCCCGUCUUCCCUCCUCUCUGAACACCAGAAACAGCUUCUGCUUCAGAAACAGCAGCAGCAGCUCCAAGAGUUCCUCGUCUUGAAACAUUUCACUCCGGAGCAGCAGGUAGUGGUGUACCAGAUGCUGCAGCAGCAGCAGCAGCGGCAGCGCGAGCUCCAGCGCCUCUCUCUGGGGGGCGGCCUGCCCUCCUCCGGCGCCCCCUCCACCGCAGCCCUCAUGAACUCGUCGCCCAGCCUGCUGUCCCAGGCCGGAGCCUCCCCCCUGCAGGCUGGCCAGGGGAACAGCACCACGCUCUUUGGUCUCCAGGAAAACUCCCUCCACAAGCCCGGCUCGGUCGGAGACAAGGGAGGGGACAAGAACGGAUGACAUCACUUCCUGAGCUGAGCUGACGACUGUCCACCAAAUGGGAAAACCAUCCCGCCCGAUCUUGCCUCACUUCCUUCCGCCCGGAAUCCUCAGCUCCUUCCUCCUCUCCUCUCUCGUUCUUCUCCCAUCUUCUUCCUCUUCCUCAGUGAAUGUAUUAUGGCACUGGCUUCAGGUGUCCGAUCUGAAAAGAAAAAAAACAGGCAGUGGUAGUUUGUUCUGUUGUUUUCCUUAUUAUCUGAAUUUUGUUUUAUUUGGCAACCACACAUAGGCAGCUUUGUUUAUCAGGAGAACAGUGAUGGUCUGAUCUAUAUCUCAGUUUGCACUAAUUUGUUUAUUUGUCAGUUUUGUCCAUUACGAUUAUUAUUGUUAUUACUGUUGUUGUUGUUGUUAUUAUUACUAUUAUUAUAUUUUUUGAACUAGAGACUCUGGUCAUUGAUACUGGUGGUGUUCCAGCUCAGCUUGUAGUGGACUGACGUUUUCCGAGACCCCAGAGCACUGACCCUGUCUUCCAGCCGCACCAAAGCCCCCCCAGUGAGGGAAGCCGGGACUCAAUAGCGCUUGGCUGUUCGUGUUAACCGUGGUCGUUGGUUGUAGUAGCAACGCUGUGCUUGAGAAUGACAAGGAGGAUGAUAAUGAUGAUGACGGUGGUGGUGGUGGUGGUUAUGACUCGUACGCCACUUCCUUGCCCAGUCCAGUCCAGACGAGACAGUCCUCCUACCCUAGGAUCCUCAUCUCUCUUGACUUCUCCUCCCCCCAUGGUCUACACUGGCACUUGCUUCGUCCCUUGCUGGUCAGAAUGUUUAAGACUGGUGAGAGAAAGUCUGGCAAUUUCCAUCUUACAAUGUGUAACGGAUUUGUGACAUUUUUUUUAAAUGUGUACUUUCUUUCAUCCAAACUCACUUGAUCAUACAUGUUAGAGGGCCCCUCACAUGCUCAAUGCAGGUGUUAACAAAAAGACCAGGCUCUCCUCAAUACCCUAAAUAAUGCAUGCCAUGCUCCAUAGAUAAGCUCUCAGUAGAAAUCUCAGUUGGUGAUUCGGUUUCGCAAAAUAUUAUUGACAAUUGUGCUAAAUAGCCAAAUGACACCCCUCCCUUCCAUGGUCCUGAAGCACCUUGCUGAUUGGCUGAGAUUGUUUAAGGUUUGGUGACUGCAAACACUGAACAGACAUCUAGCAAUUAGCUACAUUUGAUUAAAUGUCUAAAAAACGGUAGAAUUGAGAACUGCACCUUUAAUGGUUAUUUUAAAAACCAACCCAACCUUUUGAGAUUAAAGCGAACAAACGGUUUUGACUUUAAAGCCUGUGUAAAUAAAAUAAAAUUUCUGAGCAAAGUCUCACUAAAGAUUGCCCUAUGUACAGCAGUGUAUAUUGUGCUAAUAUUCAGCUUUUAGCCAAUAAGAAGUACCUUAUCCAAUAAUGCAUGGUACUAAUUAGGAAACUAUAGGGAUUAGGUAGUGAUUUAUAAUGGAUGUUUUGCACACACGAGGUGUUACAGUAAAUGUUUUUUUUACCUUUUACUGCUAUGAUUACUCUGUGGUCAUUUCAUUAGGAUGUUUUAUAUUGACUGAAAGACAAUAGUUGUAUUUGAGCAGCUUAAUUGAUGCCUUAAUGUUUGUGAUAAAUUCACGGAAAAGUCCAAAGUAAUUCAGUAAUUUUGUUUGUUUGUUUAUUUUUGCUCUUUUGUGUAUAGGGUACAGAGACAGCAGAGUAGGCUGUAGAACGAAGAGGUUUGAGCUUGUUCUAUUGAGUUUGAGACACAUAUAGUAGAGGAAGAGAGAAGAACAAUAUUCUUAUUAUUGUACUUGCAUUUGUAACCAAAGUCUUGCAAGUACUUUUGAUGGGACA